AUGCCGAGACAGUGCCGUGGCCGCCCAGGGGCCCUGCUGCUGGCCUUGCUGCUGCAUGCCACUGUGGAAGUACGUGGCUCAUGCCUGGAGAGCAACCGGUGCCAAGAUCUCACCACAGAAAAGGACCUGGUGGACUGUUUCCGUGCCUGCCAACCCUUCCUAAUGGAAGGAUCCCCUGAGUUCCCUGGCUACUACGGCAACGAGGAGCCACUGGCCCUGAAGCAGCAGCAGCAGGAGGAAGAGGAGGAAAACGAGGCAGCCAGGGCAGGUCUGGGCUUGAAGCAGAACAAGCGCUCCUACUCCAUGGAGCACUUUCGCUGGGGCAAGCCGGUGGGCAAGAAAAGGCGGCCGAUAAAGAUCACUCCCACUGUCCCUGAAGACCAGCCGACUGAGACCCUCCCGCCUGUGUUGAAGAGGGACCUGGUGGGGGAUAAACCCGGGCUGACCUUCCGCCCCGACUCAGCAGAAGAGAUCGUGGAGGCUCCUGACCUGGCACUCCCGGAGGCAGCCAAGAAAGAUGGGGUGCCUUACAGGAUGGAGCACUUCCGUUGGGGCUCUCCGCCCAAAGACAAGCGCUAUGGUGGCUUCAUGGGCUCCGAGAAGAGCCAGAUGCCCCUGGUGACGCUGUUCAGAAAUGCCAUCAUCAAGAAUGCGCACAAGAAGGGCCAGUGA